AUGAAGAGGGCUAAAAGAGUGACAGGGGUAGAACUUGGUUACUAUAAGUGCUAUAAUGCAAGGUUAAUAGCUAUGCAAAUGAUUCAUGGAGAUUCUGCUGAGGAAUAUAAGAGGGUUUGGGACUAUGCCAAGGCAAUUAGAAUGCACAACCCUGGGAGUACAGUUGUUGUGAAGGUGGUUGGCAUUGAUAAUCCUCCUCCACUAUUUCAAAGGAUGUACAUAUGCCUUCAACCAUGUAAGGAGGGAUUCAUGGCUGGUUGUCGGCCUAUUUUAGGGGUGGAUGGGUGUCAUCUAAGGGGGUCAUAUCCUGGGAUAUGUCUAACUGCUGUUGGUAAAGAUGGAAACAAUAAUAUAUUCCCAGUUGCAUGGGCCGUAGUUGAGGUUGAAAAUGCUGAUACAUGGGCUUGGUUCUUAGAUUUGUUGGUCAAAGAUUUGGAUAGCGUGAAAGAUUCUUUGACAUGGGUACAUGAGAAGGAAGAGGAAGGGGAAGCAGAUAAGGUGACUUAUAUGUCUGAUAGGCAGAAGGGAUUAUUAGAUGCAUUCAACAAAGUGGUGCCUAAUGCAGAGAUCAGAUUCUGCUGUAGGCAUAUUUGGGCAAAUUUCAAGUUGAAAUUCCCAGGAGAAUUAUACAGAGAAUGUUUUUGGAAAGCCGCGAGAUCUUCAACCAAGUGGCAUUUUGAUAGUCAAAUGGAAUCUAUUAAGUUGCUGUCAGUUGAGGCUUACAAGUAUCUAAAUGGAAUACCACCUUGUCAUUGGUCUAGACAUGCAUUCAGCACUAAGUCCAAAUCUGGUAUGUUACUUAACAACUGUUGUGAGAGUUUCAAUAAUGUCAUUAGGGAUGCUAGGUCAAAACCUAUCUUAUCCAUGAUGGAAUGGUUAAGAAGGUAUGUCAUGAAGAGGUGUUGUGCAAAGAGAAAUGGGUUGAAGAAGUUUGAGGGUGUGGUUAUGCCAUCAGUGGUGAAAAUGAUUGACAGGGCUAGUGAUGAAGUGAGUAAGUGUGAUGUUACUCAAGCUGAUGUUCAUGAAUUUGAGGUAGAUCAUAUUAGCACUGGUGAAUCUUAUGUUGUGAAUCUGGUUGAAAAGAGAUGUGGGUGUUAUCGAUGGGAGUUAAUGGGUAUCCCAUGUUAUCAUGCAUUAGCUUGCAUAGUGAAGCAAAGGUUGAACGUUGAGGAUUUUGUGCAUCAGGCAUACCAUGUCUCCACGUAUGCACGAACUUAUGCUCCAGCCUUCCACCCAAUGCCUGGAAAACACCAAUGGCCAACUGUUAACCUAGCACAACCUUUACCUCCUCCAUUUAGGAAAAUGCCAGGAAGACCUAAGGGAAACAAAAGAAUUAAGGAGAAAGGUGAGGGGGAGGAGAGGGAGCUUGUCAUUAGAACUAAAAAGGCAAACAAAUGUGGGAAUUGCGGUGGGACAGGACACUUCAAGAAGACUUGCAAAAACCCUCCAAUGACACCUCCUAAUGCUCCAAAAUCCAAAGGUGGAAGGCCAAGAAAACGUCCACUUGCAACUGCUCUUUACACCGCUCCAACAGUAGUUGCGCCUGCAAAUGUACCUCCUCUGAUCUCUGCACCUGCUGCUCCUUGUAAAACAAAGAAGAAAUCUACUCCAACUUCAAUCCCUAAACCUAAGAAGCACAAAAGUAUUGUUGAUGUCUUAUCAUCUCAAACUAACACUUCUUGUAACUCCAAAACCGGCCCUGUUGCUUAA